GGAGACUCCGGCGUUCUCCAUGGCCGACGAGAAACCCAAGGAAGGAGUCAAGACCGAGAACAACGACCAUAUUAAUUUGAAGGUGGCGGGGCAGGACGGCUCUGUGGUGCAGUUUAAAAUUAAGAGGCACACACCACUUAGAAAACUAAUGAAAGCCUAUUGUGAACGACAGGGUUUGUCAAUGAGGCAGAUCAGAUUCCGGUUUGAUGGGCAGCCAAUCAAUGAAACAGACACACCUGCACAGUUGGAAAUGGAGGAUGAAGAUACGAUUGAUGUGUUCCAGCAGCAGACGGGAGAUGUCUACUAAACAGGGAACCUGCUACUUUACUCCAGAAUUUUGUUAUAGACCAAGAAUACAUUCGCAAUUAGAAAGCCGCA